UCCAGCGUCCGUGUUUCUAUCGCGUCGCUCGCGUCACUGCGGAAAAUCAGUAAGGAGGAGUGUGGAAGCCAUUUUCGUGUUGGAAAAGUAUUCGAAAAACCCAAAAAAGCAGACACCAUGCCCGAGGCUCUCAAAGUGGAAGAUUUAAAAACCGCACCUUUUGAUCCCCGUUUUCCAAACACCAACCAGACUCGGUAUUGCUACCAGAGCUACUUGGACUACUAUCGUUGCCAGAAAAUCAGAGGAACCGACUACAAACCUUGCGACUACUUCAAGAAGGUGUUCCACUCGAUUUGCCCCAACGCAUGGAUCGAGAAGUGGGACUCCCAAAGGGAGGAGGGCACCUUCGCUGGCAACAUCUAAACAUUUCGUGGACGUAGAUAUAAUGUAGCUUACAUUCUUUUAUUAUUCAGUGUUAUGCAGUGUAAAUAAAUAUCACUUACGUUAAUAAAGUAACAAUUUAAA